UCGGCGGGGUGACUAACCCGGCCCGCGUGUUUUCUUUGGUCCCCGGCACAGGCACUGAGUGCGGUCCCGGCGCGCCUCCGCCGCCCGCCCUCUGUCGCCAUGACGUCCACCUGCACCAACAGCACGCGCGAAAGCAACAGCAGCCACACGUGCGUGCCCCUGUCCAAAAUGCCCAUCAGCCUGGCCCACGGCAUCAUCCGCUCGAGCGUGCUGCUCGUGUUCCUCACCGCCUCUUUCGUCGGCAACAUCGUGCUGGCGCUCGUGUUGCAGCGCAAGCCGCAGCUGCUGCAGGUCGCCAACCGCUUCAUCUUCAACCUCCUGGUCACUGACCUGCUGCAGAUUUCGCUCGUGGCCCCCUGGGUGGUGGCCACCUCCGUGCCUCUCUUCUGGCCCCUCAACAGCCACUUCUGCACCGCGCUGGUGAGCCUCACUCACCUGUUCGCCUUCGCCAGUGUCAACACCAUCGUGGUGGUGUCCGUGGACCGCUACCUGUCCAUCAUCCACCCUCUCUCCUACCCGGCUAAGAUGACCCCCCGCCGGGGCUACAUGCUCCUCUACGGCACCUGGAUCGUGGCCAUCCUGCAGAGCACCCCCCCUCUCUACGGCUGGGGCCAGGCUGCCUUUGACCAGCGCAACGCCCUCUGCUCCAUGAUCUGGGGGGCCAGCCCCAGCUACACCAUUCUCAGCGUGGUGUCCUUCAUCAUCCUGCCGCUGGUCGUCAUGAUUGCCUGCUACUCCGUGGUGUUCGGUGCCGCCCGGCGGCAGCAUGCCCUGCUGUACAACGUCAGGAGCCACAGCUUGGAGGUUCGGGCCAAGGAUCGUGUGGAGAACGAGGACGAAGAGGGAGAGAGGAGGGCUGCGUCCCGGCGCCAGGACGGAGGUGAGGCCGAGGCCGAGGAGGGCGGCGUGCAGGCCGAGGAAGAGAGCGCGGAGGCCAGUGCAGGUAGGGUGGCGGCCGCGGGCAGCGAGGAGGUCUGGGACGGCGGCUCGGUGGCCAGCGAAGGCAGCUCAGAGGGCCGGAACGGUGGCCCCCACCCCGCCGGCAGCGUGAAGGCGGACAAGGGCCGCGUGGAGGUCAGCCAGUGCAACGUCGACCUGGGUGAAGAUGACGCGGAGUUCGGCGAGGAUGACCUCAACUUCAGCGAGGAGGACGUCGAGGCAGUGAACAUCCCCGAGAGCCUCCCGCCCAGUCGUCGAAACAGCACCGGCGAGCCCCCUCUGCCCAGGUGCUACCAGUGCAAGGCUGCGAAAGUGAUCUUCCUCAUCGUCUUCUCCUACGUGCUCUCCCUGGGGCCCUACUGCUUUCUGGCGGUUCUGGCCGUGUGGGUGGAUGUCCAAACCAAGGUGCCCCAGUGGGUGAUCACCAUAAUCAUCUGGCUUUUCUUCCUGCAGUGCUGCAUGCACCCCUACAUCUACGGCUACAUGCACAAGACCAUCAAGAAGGAAAUCCAGGAUAUGCUGAAGAAGUUCUUCUGCAAGGAAAAGCCCCCGAAAGAAGACAGCCACCCGGACCUGCCGGGAACAGAAGCCGGCACAGAGGGAGGGACCGAAGGCAAGACCGUCCCUUCGCACGACUCCGUCACUUUGCCUUGAAGCUAGCCAGAGGGCAAACCUUGAACUGUCCACAGUGCGGAAAACGGGAGCGGCUUUGUGUCACACGGACCCCCCACAGCCCCACUCACGCCAACCCCCGCCAUUUCAGGCCAAGGUGUUGCACGCGUCCUUCUCACCACGAGAUAGACAGACAGACAGAUAAAUACACGGAAGAGGUAGGAACUGGAGCAUUCCCUUAAAAGUGUGCCCCUCAAAGCACGGACUUGAGGAUUCUGACUGAAAUUUCUCGCCCCCCCCCCUCCGCCCCCCGCCCCAAAUUAUUAGGCUCUAAAUUUCUUAAGGCAACAAGGGCUCUCCACUUUGGUCCUGGAUCUGUCUGCCCAGAGCUACAACGUCCCAGCUUUUGCUCUGAGGGAAAAGGAAGAGGAAGAGGAAGAUGACGCCUGUGAACCUGGGGACUUUUAGGCCCUCGGGUCAAGAGAUUAUGGGUGAGAGCUACAGCCUAGCUUCGACGGAAAGAAAAGCAGUGACCAGAUCGUUCCUGGAGCCCACGAGGCAGAACCUGACUGACUGAUCCGUGUUGUAAACUGAAGAGACCCACAGUCCGGUGCAAAGACUGUUUUGGAACCUAAGACAAAGGGCGUCGUGUGUGGAAGAUACGAAGAAGGUUCCCAGAUCCUCUCAAGGGACCCAGAGAAGUGGAAGAGGAUAUUAGGGCAUGUUUGAAAUGGGAAGCCGGUCCUAGGGAACAGUUAGAGAAAUAACACACAUCCAUGAGGCUAAACAGUUGGCUUUUUUUUCUUUCUCUGUAAAACCCUGGGUUUGUGCAUGGGCUGGGACCAAGGUCAUUCCCUACGCACGGAAAAUUGUCAGUUGACACUAAAACGGUGUUUGUUCUGUCUCCUAUUUGAGCCACAGUGGGACAGGAAUCACGCCACUACUUUGUAAUGUUCCUCUUGUGGUCGAAUUGGGAUGCCCAUCAGAAUCUGCAACAUCUCCUCUGCCAGUCCCAGAGGCCUUUUCGGUCAAACAGAUGUUUCCAGAAAAAAAAAAAAAAAAAAAGAAAUGUAACUAGGAGUGGCCAAAAGUUUCUCAAACUCACACUCCCGAUCGAGAGUGGCGUGCCCAUUAGAAAUCUCUUUUGUGUCAAGGGGAUCAUAGACAAGAAACGUGACCUCCACGUGGGGAGCAAGCGAGGCAGAAUAAACAUUUUUCUUCCCCCAGGCACACCCGUGGGUUUUUUCUACCUGUGGCUCUCCCUUAAAGCCCUUAAGCUCCCCGCAGAUGUGGAAGAGAAAUACAAGAGAGUCAGAAAUAGCAGAGAGGAUGGUUUCUCAAUACCUAGCAAGCAUCCGACCUAUUUCAAGCAAGCCUAGUUUCAAAGCAUUCGGGUCAGACAUGUCCCGAUUAUUGCUAUUGGAAUGUAUUGCUUUGGGAAGACCGUUACAAUAUCUAAAUUAUCCCCAGGGUCGGUGCAGAGGGAGGGCUUUUCACAUCUCCGACCCUGAAAUCACUCCGGGUCAGGAGAUCCCUGUGUGUUCCUGGGGGCCCAGACCACGUCGACAUGACCAAAUAAUGUGGGCCCCCAAAACGGUCAAGAGAGUGUUUUUGAUCGACCUGAAGGUCGAAUUAAAGCCGACUGGUGGCCAGUCGACUGUUCAUGCAGAAAUCCAAUGUUAAUAUGGGUGGAGGCACAGGUGGGAGGAGUUGGUUGAAAAAUGUUCAUCGGACGGUUGUGUAUAAAGAUGGCCACGUUCAGAGUUUAGCCUCAUUCUUGUGUGGUUACCGUGUCUGUAUUAGAACUCAAACUUCAGCCAUGUAAAUGCCCGGCUCACUGAUAUUUUCUUUAUCUCUUCCUCCUCACAGAUCCCAACCUGAGCUUCUCAAGGGGGAGAGGUAAACAGCAUUAACCUGGAGUGUGUGGCAAUUGAGACAAGACACGCGGGCUGCUGUUUACCCUCGCGCUAUCGUUCAUUUUUCUACCAAAAUGUAUGAAGCGAAUUAAGAGUCGUCAAUUUAUGACACCCGUUCAUUGCCACAUUCUCACACUGCCCCGUCCUCAGAGGAUAUCUGGGUGCGGAAAUAGCCUGUGUGGGCGACCCUGUUAUGGGGGGAGGGGUAUCGCCUCGGAGGUCUGUCAUGGUCAAGAGUUCCAAACAGCUCCGGCCUGUCCUUUGGGUAGAAAUGCUUACCUGGGUAGGAGACAGGCUUUCAAACGUAAGUGUCCCCAAAAUCAUAAUCAGAAUGGAACCACAACCUGUGCGAGCGUGGUAAGUUCAUUUAACAGCACACACAACAUUCUCCAGGGCGCCAGGACUCGCCAACUUCCUUCUCAGAGUUCCUCUCUUCCCUGUUUUAGUCACUGUCUGUUCUCACGGCAAAUUGGAUUUUUCAAAGGUGAAAACCUUUUGAAAAUAGACUGGAAAAGAGGACCUUCGAAUCGAGAGCACUCUGCUUUGCUGACAUUUUCUGCUUAAUGAACAAUGGGGCCUCUAGUUAGCUCGAGAUAGCAACUGCUUCAAAUUUUGUGCCAUUUCGAAUAAAACACUAUCAACUUAAUGAGGUUUUACUGCACAUACUCUUUUGUCAUUUAAAACUCUGGAAGCACACACAAAAAAGCCAUCAUUAGCCUCACACAUCCUCAUGUGCAAUAGCUCUCCCUAAAUGUUUUUAAAGGAUGUAUUCUUUUGCCAAGGCCACUUCAUAUGUGCAGUAAAAAUCCCAUUAAAGUACAGGGGCCAGACGAACCAGACUUUGAAAUGAUGUGAUUUCCAACUUAAUGAUUUCCUUAUUUAAAAAUAAUAAAGCAUCCAGUUUUGCCAAGGAGCCGCAGGUGCUCUCGCUAACGUACCAAUUUCAACAAGCUUGGGAAGGCGGUAAUAAGGAACAAGCCCAGGGCUUCUAUGAUGCAAGGGUCCAUCUUCUCGAAGGCACCGCCGACGGCAGCUGCCGGGAAGUCCUCUGCACUGCCGGCUCCCUGCCCCCCUCUUGCCCAUCACACCCCUGCCUCCACCUGCCUCACUCCCCCUCCCCCUUGCCUGCGCUGGCCCCCGAGGACGCUCCGUGGGCUCACCCCCUCCCAUGCGUCCCCUCCUCCUCCGGCACCCAGAGCUGGCACAUUCUCCAAGGGACCCCGGGGGCCCGAGGAAGCAGGGAAGGAGAGAAGUGAAGGAUAGGAGUGGCCAGCAGUUAAAGGCAUGUUUCCGUCCAAUACAAUUUAGAGAUGACGGGAUAUCAACUUCAAAUCCGACGUAAGGAAAAGGGCCAUUUUAUCAUUUAGGAGGUAGGCACCUUGUUUCUUACCCAGAAAAGCACCCACUACCACCCAUCUUCGGGGGCACAUUCAAUCCUGUGGACCACCGUCCACUUAUUUCAGAAAAAAAAAAAACCCACAGAACACUAAAAAAAUCCCUUACCGAUAAAAUUACAAGGUGCCUAACGCCUUACUUGAUACAUAAUUAGCCAAUCGAGCUGAAGUUACUUCAGAAGGUUUCGUUUUCGUACCACCUUAAAGAAUAACGUACGAGAUUAAACUAGGCGUUCUCUCUUAGACUUUGCCAAGAUGCUCUUAAAAAUGUCUGAGAUGCACCAUUUGGAAGAGAAGAAUCCUGUAUCACCUGAUAGUUGGAGAGCCCCCAAAUCGAAGCCUCCGAGGUGGUUGGGAGGAAGCCUUCCCCCACAUUUUGAGGACAAAAAAAAUCAAAAGAAGUGUUUUCCCCUCAUGUUUUUUUGCUGUAUUGCUCUUUAAGACAAAACCCAUGCGGUCAGGAGAGGCUUCUCUAAAGCAAAACGUCUUUUCCUCCUAGAGCAGACGAAAGAUUAAAGGAACAGUUGGCUGCCAGCCAGUUACCAAGAUAAGGAGAGAAAAGCUGGUCAGUCAUGGCUUUAACCCUGUCCCUCCUUAUCUCUGUCCCUCUCGUUUUCUGCGGGCCGGACAGGGGCUCUUGACCCCCCCCCCCCCGAAGCCCCUCCCAGCUUAGGCAUAAGGAGACAGGCCGCCGCCGAAAACGUAGAAAGAAUGGAAGCCCUUGUCAUAAAUUCUUUCCAGUUACUUCCAAACGCUCUCUUCCUCUACGGCCAGUGCCCUGCCUGCUGGCAGCAGUCUUCUGCUAAAAGCAACAAGACUGGCCGGAGGCAGAAGUAGGAAAGCCACAAUCUGCAGAACUUGACCACUGAUUGCCGCGUCACCGGCAAGUUCACCGCUCUUUGGUAAGUAGAGUAGGCACCCUCGAGGUAAACAAAGGUUGCCAACGGGAGUCAGACGUUCCCACCGUCACCUCCCAAAGCUCUUCGAUCUCAAAGCACGCACGCACCAAGAGGGGACCGCAUCAUUUCCACACUCGCCAGAGGCUCGCCGUGUCUGAGGGUUCAUUACCGGAUCUCCCUUAUUCCAAAAACGAGACUGGUUUCGGUUCGGUGCUUUAAAGUUGAGUGGAUUCCACCACCCCACCCCCCACCCCCGCUUCAUCCGUGUUACAACUCUGAUGUUAAAAAUUUGAUAUUUUUGUCCGUUUCGGUGGUGUAUUUCUCUCUGUAGUAGUUCUCCGAAUUGUAAGCUGUAACUGUAUAUAUAAUACCAGUGUUCUUGGAGAUAAGGUGCUAGAUAUUAGAUCUUGUGUGUUCAUAGAUAGUGUCAUCCUCAAAAAUGGGUAGAUGUACAUGUAACGUUAAUCAAGUGCAUGCGGAAUUCUCUGUGUGACCCACACCUUGGUCCGUUUCUAAAGUAGAACGUAGUACAUUCGUUUGUAAAAUUUCAUUUUUAAAGUGUAUGCUACGGGCUGUAUAACAUGGCUCCAAGGUGGGGUAGCAGGUAACGGUGCCUUUAAUUCCUCAAGCCCCUGGUAGAGUCUCUGACAGGUGAGAACUCAUUCUGGUACAAUUGGCCACUAAUGCGAAUUAAUCAUCUCGGCAGUUCUCCACGACACUCUUGGCACUGGUAUGCCUGGCGUCCACGAGUUGAACGUAUAGAAUGCAGAAUCCGAGAAGACAAUCCUUUCCCCCUCAAAGAGCAAAGACCCCCGGAUAGGCUGUUGGAGUCCUGUUAGCAGGAUUAAAAAAAAAAAUUACUGUGAACCGACAGGAUUUGCAUUUAGCAGGUCUAUAUCGUACCCCUCCCCGCCCCCUAGAGCAGCGCCCAAACCAGAAAAAGGCUGCUCGGGUUUUUUUCUUUGGUCGAUCACCUGAGAGAGAAGACAGAGCACGGGUGGGUAAAUAAAGUAGUGGGACUCCCCCAGGGGUCACAGCUAAGGUGUUUGAGAAUAUCACAAUCGUGUAUCGACAGCGUUUGCAUCAGACAAAAAGAGAGAACCACGAGUUUAUUAUAUUUUAAGACCAAAAAUAUUACAACUAGAAAACUGUGUAUAUAUGGAUACCCUCACUGAAUAAUUUCUCAAACUGCCUUUAAUACCAAAUUGUGCUACUUUGAGACUGAAAACAAUAGAAAUCUUCAUUCAGUCAACAAACAGUUCUCCUUAGUAUUUUAAAUCUUGAAUUUAAAAUGUUCCUUUUCCUUUCCCCCCAAAAAUUUGUCAUUUAGAAGUGCCUUUUCAAAGGAUUGCCAAACUACAAUCCUGGGGCCAGGUUCCCAUUGGCACAACUUACCUUCAGGUGCACAAAAGGGGUGGGGCUUUGUCCUCCUCACCCGGCAAGAAGAGAAACCCCGUCACACCCCAGUCAAAUUCAUAAAUCAAUACUGUUACACGGACCAGUGUCUCAGAGACUCUGCCCAAGGACAAGGUUUCAUAUAUUGGUUGGCUUAAUUUGGAUCGUUUCUAAAAUG